GCGGCACGUCGCAGAGCAGCAACGUGGUCAACACGCCGAUGAGCUCGCCGGACGAUGGAGGGUUAGGUAGUUCGCAAACGGUUUCGAGCCCGCAACUGUCGCCGACGUCGUUCCCGCGAGCAGCCAAUUGCGGUGUUGUUGAUCAUCCGUCGCAACAAUCAGCAACAGCAGCAACAACAUUAGCAGCAGGGGGCAAUCAUCAUCAACAGCAGCAGCAGCAGCAGGUUCAGCUGACGAAACUGGCGAGAUCGAAAUCUACGAGAGGAGUGUCCAAGUCUCGAGCGAAGGGGAUGAAAACAGCAGGAGGAGGGCAGCAGCAACAGCAGCAGCAGCAGCAGCAGCAGCAGCAGCAGAUGGCAGUGAGGAACGGCGUGCAACAGCCGCAAAACAGCAACGGGCAUCAUCACGUGGCGGCUGGUGGUAGAUUCCAACCGAUACAGAACAACGCUGCCGCUCCGAUCAUACAGCUGCAGCAGGCAGCCGCCACUCAGAGACCGAGCGGUCCGACCGUGAUACUGCAACAGACCGCGUCGCCCGGUAUCGUGUCCGCGUACGUCGAGACGUUGCAGCAACAGCACCACCACCACUCGGCCGGCCAGAAUCUUCAGUACGUGACGACGAUCGGCGGCGGUCAGCACGAGACCACCACCACCGCGUUCAAACCUCAGUUCAUAACGGCCAAUCACUUCGCGGUCCCCGGUGCGUACAUCCAAGCACCGGCUGCCGACAAUCUGCUGGCGUUGCAGAACACAGGCGGUAUAUCGAUAUUGCCGGGCGUGCAGAUCGCUCAAACGCAGCCGACGACGGUCCUCGGGACGAUCAUCCAGCAACAGCCGAGCGCGAUUCAAUGCGGGGUCAUCUCGUCGGAGCAGUUGUUGCUCAGCUCGACGCCGACGCUGGAAAUGUUCACCGACUCCACCGGCAGUAUGUUCCUCUCGAACCAGCCGAUGUACUACGGUUUGGAAACGAUCGUUAGCAACACGGUCAUGUCUUCCAGUCAGUUCAUGGCUGGCACGAUACCGCAGGUGUUGGCCAGCAGCUAUCAAACCACCACCCAAGUUUUCCAAGCCUCGAAACUGAUGGAACCGAUCGUGGACGUUCAGGGCGUGCCGACGGUGACGGCGGUGCAGUCUGUCCAGAACGUGCCAGCAGUGCCAAGCGUGCCGAACGUGUCGAACGUUGCCAACGUGCCCAACGUGCCCAACGUGACCAACAUAGCCAGCGUAUCCAACGUACCUAACGUUCCGACUGUCCCCGCCAUACCGACUAUACCCGCCAUUCCCUCCGUCUCCAACUGCGUCUCCAACGUGUCCAAUAUGUCGAGCGUCGCGAAUAUACCCAACGUGUCCAACGUGUCCAACGUGUCCGGCGUACCUGGCCUGCCUAGCCUACCUAGCCUGCCUAGUUUGCCUAGUCUGCCUAGCCUGUCUAGCCUGUCUAGCCUACCUAGCCUACCUAGCCUACCUAGCCUGCCUAGCCUACCUGCUAUAGCCCCUAGCAUAUCCAGUAUGCCUGGUAUACCACCUUCCAGUGCAACCAACACAUCCGGUAUACCUAGUAUGCCUAGCAUGCCUAGUUUGUCCAGUAUAGCCAGUAUACCGAAUAUAACUGGCGCGCCCAGUACGCUCGGCGGAACAAGCAACGGCGUGUCCAACAUGCUCAGCGUGGCCAGCGUGUCGAGCGUAGCCAGUGCAGUGUCCAGCAAUAUACCCAACUUGCCUGUCGCAGCACCCACCGUCCCUACAGCACCUACCGUACCUACAGCACCCAGCGUAUCCAACGUCUCCUCCAAUAUACUCAACCAAGCAGCAGCAGCAGCAGCAGCAGCAGCAGCUAGUCCUUUGUCCAACGCUUCGAACGUGACCAACAGCAGCGUACCGGCCGUUAUACCGCCUAUAUCGGCCGUUCAGAGCGUGUCGAACGUCGCCGAUCUGUCCACGGUGUCCACCGGUGGUUACGUGGUCGUGAAUCAGCAGUCGAAUCCGCCCAUGGCGGAAGCACCAGCCAUCGCAACGCCGCAGAUUGACGUUCCUGUCCUGGUGUCGUCACCGUCGCCGUCGCCGUUGUCGUCGUCGUGUCGGCAAAGCGGCACCGUCGAACCGAUGCAACAUCCGUCGAUCCAGCUACCGCCGGAUACCACUUGCCCGUCGGAGCCUCAAGCCGUGGCGAGAGUCACGUGCCAAGAGACCGGCAAGACCUCGCUGCAGACCUCGCUGUCAACGAUACCGAGAGUGGCUGUACGACCGAGUCCCGUUUCGAACUCUGUCGUGCAACCUAGCAGCGGACCGUGGAAAAUCACCGAGUCACCGGUGUUUGCUGCAUCCGAACAACAAAUGACAAACAACAACAACAACAGCGUCCGGCCGUACUUUGACUCGAAGCACGUGUCGGAGAACACCAGUAUGAUCAAGACGAGCAUAUCGUCGUCCAAAAUAAUAGCCCCGCUGCCCAAUCACUGUAUAACUCAGAGGGACAUUAUUGUAAAUAAGUUGAGUCACGAUGUAAAUAAUGUGCAUAAUGGUUACAGCGGCGCCGUGCCGACCGCGAACCCCGUCAAUAUCACGAUGUCGACGAGCAACGUGCCGACCAGCCGGCCGAUGAACAGAGUGCUGCCGAUGCAGGCGGUGACGCCGAAGCAGGACACGGCCAAGAGCAUGCAAAAGACGGAGAUGAUGAUGAUGAUGGAGGAGCCGACGAAGCCGGUGAUCAAGCCGGCAGAGCCGGAGCAGAAGCUCGCGACCGAGUCCGAGUCAGAGCCCGAGUCCGAGAAGAAGCAGCAAGCGGCUGCGGUCGCGGCGGUGGAAGCUUUGGCGUCGACCAUGAAGAAGGAGACCACCACCGCCAUAAACGAGACGCUGAACGUGAAGCUGAACGGCGAGAAGAAACUCUCGUUGAAGGAGAAUCUGAAGCAGCUGGAGCUGAACAAGGAGAAGCUGCAGAACGCCUCGCUGAAGAUCGUGCUGCAGAAGCAGCUGCAGGACGGUUCGUACAAGAUCACGCACAACAUGAAGGCGAUGACGCAGAGCAAGAAACAGCCGCAGGUGACAUCCGUCGAGAUACUGCCGUCGAAACAGGUGCCGCAGAUCGCCUCGUUGCAGCUGUUGCCGAUCAAGACGUUCACGUUGAAGACGAACAAGAUCGAGGAGAAGAUGAAGCAGCCUUCUUCUGCUGCCGUCGACAGCAACAACAAGUUUAACUUGCUGAAGAGCAAGACACCGCCGAUCGCCGUGAAGAAGCCACGAGUGGUGAGCAAGUCGAUGAAACCCUUGCAGCAACAGCAGCAGCAACAACAACAGGGCAGUUUGCUGAACGCAGUGGGGUCGCAGCAAACGCAAAAGAACGGCGCGAAAGGGCCGACGCUGAUGUACGAGAUCAAGUCGCAGGACGGUUUCACUCACACCGCCUCGUCGAUGGCCGAGGUGUGGGAAACGGUGUUCCAAGCGGUGCAGAACGCUCGAAGGGCUCACAACUUGCCCCCGCUGCCCCACAAUCCUCUCACCGAGAACCUGGGCCUGGAGAACAACGCCACCGUCUACUUGGUCGAGCAGCUACCGGACGUGAACAGAUGCACCAAGUACAAACCACGGUUCCACGACUUGACACCGCCGAAGCCGGGGGAAGUGGAGAGCGACUUGCUGAGGGCAAGCGUGAACGGCGCUGCCCGCGCGGAACCCUUCAGGGAGAGGAAAGUUCACGACAUGUUCAGUUGGCUGGCUUCCAGGCACAGGCAGCAACCGAAAAUGAUUGCCAUCUCCGAAGCCGAGUCCAGACGAGUGGCGAGUACCAAUUUGCCAAUGGCGAUGCGCUUCAGAAUACUGAAAGAAACGUCGAAAGAGUCGGUCGGCGUCUAUCACUCUCACAUACACGGCAGAGGUUUAUUUUGCCUGAGAGACAUCGAAGCUGGAGAGAUGGUCAUCGAGUAUGCCGGCGAGGUGAUUCGAGCGUCGUUGACCGACAAGCGAGAAAAAUACUACGACAGCAAGAACAUAGGAUGCUACAUGUUCAAGAUCGACGAUCAUCUGGUCGUGGACGCGACGAUGAAGGGGAACGCAGCCAGAUUCAUUAAUCACUCGUGCGAGCCAAACUGUUACUCGCGAGUGGUGGACAUCCUAGGUAAGAAACACAUUUUGAUCUUCGCUCUGCGUCGCAUUACCCAAGGAGAAGAGUUGACGUACGACUACAAAUUCCCUUUCGAGGAUAUCAAGAUUCCAUGUACCUGCGGCUCCCGCAGAUGUCGCAAAUACCUCAAUUGAGACUGCAUAUAUACAGCUAUCGUGAGCAAGCAACCAGCCGGCACAGCAGGAAAAUAUAUAUUGUGCUGUAAUUAAUACGCGCUUUCGAAAUAGGAUUCGUUUUAUUGACACGUUAUUCAUUUUAAUCGUCAAACUAUUUUCAGAGAUCGCAGCUUUUUAUUACUUAUAAAGGGAAUAGACUAUACAUUUAAAGAUAUUAGAAGGCCAGAUAUAGUACACGAAACAUCGCGUUAUGACAAUGUUACUUUAAACAGCUACGCUCGGUAGUUGAUUUAAGGGGUAUACUUAUAGCAAUAAACGAUUGGAAUAUGUCCUGCUUUCGUACCCAGCGAGCCUCGCGUGCUUCUCGAACGCGCUCGUUCAAGUGUGUUACUUUCUAUCCACGCCUGUGUGCUUUCAUGCACGUCUUUUAGACUCUGCGUAUUAUCUUGUCUAUCGAGGCUUAAGUGUACAAGUUAUAUCGUCACUUUACACUAAAUGGCAAAUGCUUUUAGCUUGUAUUGUACACACCAAACAACAGACAAACACACA